UGGGGUGGAGUGUGGGGGCUCCGCACGCGAGGGCAGAAAGAGGAAAUGAUGUAAACCAUUCACUAUCCAAACUUUAAGGUCAAAGGUGAGAAGGAAGGUCAGGAAGAACAUGGGCUGGCCACAUAUUUUUCAGAGAAGAGCUCUGCUCUCCCGGUUCAGCCAUCAUCAUGUUGUCGUGUUCCUGCUCACCUUCUUCAGUUAUUCGUUGCUCCAUGCGUCAAGAAAAACUUUUAGCAAUGUCAAGGUCAGCAUCUCUAAGCAGUGGACCCCAAGUGCUUUUAACAAAUCAGUUGAGCUGCCUGUAGAGAUCUGGAGCAGCAACCGUUUGUUUCCCAGUCCAGAGGAAGCCACUCUUUUCCUUGGAACACUGGACACUAUUUUCCUCUUCUCCUAUGCUGUGGGCCUUUUCAUCAGUGGUAUCGUUGGGGAUCGGCUUAAUUUGCGAUGGGUUCUGUCUUUUGGCAUGUGCUCUUCUGCGUUAGUGGUGUUUGUCUUUGGCACCGUCACGGAAUGGCUGCGUUUCUACAACAAGGGGCUGUACUGCUGUCUGUGGAUUGUGAAUGGCCUGCUGCAGUCUACCGGUUGGCCCUGUGUGGUUGCUGUUAUGGGCAACUGGUUUGGGAAAGCUGGACGAGGAGUUGUUUUUGGUCUCUGGAGUGCCUGUGCUUCAGUGGGCAAUAUUUUGGGAGCGUGCCUCGCUUCUUCUGUUCUGCAGUAUGGUUAUGAGUAUGCCUUUCUGGUGACGGCGGCUGUGCAGUUUGCUGGUGGGAUCAUCAUCUUCUUUGGGCUCCUGGUGUCACCAGAGGAAAUUGGUCUCCCAGCUAUUGAGGCAAAGGAAAAUUUUGAAGAAGAUGCGCACAGGCCGUUAAUUAAUGGUGCUGAAAAUGAAGAUGAAUAUGAGCCUAAUUAUUCAAUCCAAGAAGGCAGUACAACUUCUGAAGUCAAGGCAAUAAGCUUUUAUCAGGCUUGUUGCCUUCCUGGAGUUAUACCGUAUUCGCUGGCCUAUGCCUGCUUGAAGUUGGUGAAUUACUCCUUCUUCUUCUGGUUGCCCUUUUAUCUGAGUAACAACUUUGGAUGGAAGGAAGCUGAAGCUGACAAGCUGUCCAUUUGGUACGAUGUUGGAGGAAUUAUAGGUGGAACUUUGCAAGGCUUCAUCUCGGACGUAUUACAGAAGAGAGCACCAGUUUUAGCUCUGAGUCUGCUUCUGGCGGUUGGGUCCCUCCUUGGAUAUAGUCGUUCUCCAAACAAUAAGUCCAUUAAUGCACUUCUGAUGGCUGUAACAGGAUUUUUUAUUGGCGGACCUUCGAACAUGAUUAGCUCUGCUAUUUCUGCGGACCUGGGUCGCCAAGAGGGGAUUCGAGGGAGCAGUGAGGCUUUGGCGACCGUCACAGGAAUUGUUGAUGGAACUGGGAGCAUCGGAGCUGCGGUGGGCCAGUAUUUAGUGUCUUUGAUCCAGGACAACCUGGGAUGGAUGUGGGUUUUCUACUUUUUCAUUCUCAUGACAAGUUGUACAAUUCUAUUUAUUUCGCCAUUAAUAGUAAGGGAAAUACACUAUCUUAUGCAAAGACGACAAGCUCGCAUAUUGAGCGAGUGACCGCUGCGCACAAAAGAACAAGAAUAAUAGAAGACACAUCAGGAGUGUGAUUUCUUUUAAUUCACCGUAUUUUGGGAUUGUCUUAAGAGCUCCAGCAUAACCUCAGAUUGUCAAGCCUCUUUCAACAGCGUCAGCCACUUGAGAUGCUGACCAGAGUGAAGGCUGGGCUGUUUUUCUACACUACAGGAAUUAUGGUCGAUGAUUUUUAUUGUUGUUGUUUCAUGAAUGUACUGAAUGGCCUAUGAAUCCAUCAGCAUCUUUGUUUGGCCUGUUGAGGUUCAUCCCUUUAACCUUAAAUGCUAUAUUGGACUUGGACCCUUGUUCUCCAGCCUGGAAAGCUGAGUGACCACAAGGCAGUCGCGCAUAGUUUGUAUCAGCUACGUGCUUCAUGAAUAGAAAGGAUCGUUUCAUUUUGCCUUGGUAAUGUUUGCAGAGUGUGGCUCAUCUCUGAAGCAUCAAAUCCUGAUAAAAGUGCUCAAGCUGGAUGGAGCAUACGCCUGCUGUGGACUAAGAAUCCCUUUGUUAACGAUGGUGGGAAAAACCAUGCUACGUGCUGAUUGGCUCAGUCACUCUGUACCUGGUCUAAAGUCCUUCAGCUCCAGAAGCGGAAAUGUCUUUAAAUUAUUGUCAACUUGUUCUCCUCUGUCUUCAUUCAAAAUUAGCUUUGACUCCUGGGAGUAGUCGGUCUUCCUUUCAAGGACCAUACGGUACAUCAGUUGUCGUGAACAUUCCAAUGUGUAACUCACAACCGAAGUACUCAACCCCAGACUGGCUGUCUGGGAGCUUAGGAUCCAGUAGGAAGGUAAUCUGCUUAGCCCUAUUUUCAGAGGAUUGAUCUCUGUCACAACCGGGUUCCUUGAGUUACCUCAGCAGAAGACUAGAAUUAGGGAAAAGAGAAACACCUUUUGUCUUAGUAAGUGCUAAGUAUGUGACAUUGAAUCACACUAAUGGAUUACUAGGGCUUGAGGGGUAUCUAGGUAUCUAUUCUUUAGAAGUUUGUAGAGUAUAUGUCUUCAAGGCUGUGAAUUCUAUACUAAUUAUCAAUAUUUUAAGGUCAUUCUGUAUAUAUAUUUUAAAUUAUGUAAGCGAACCAGGGGGAAAAUGUGCAAUUUUGAGGGCUGCCUAAUUUGCUUUGGGUUAGGGAAUAUUUUUCAACCUCUUGCUUUCUAGCCUGAAAUAUGGUGUGUUAUGAACUUGUUAAUUUUAUUUAAUCAAGCAGAUUUCCAAUCAGUUAAUUGCUCAUUACUGACAAAAAGGGAAAAUAUGAAACACAGGGAUGGAAAAUAAACUGACUUUUAUAGUAAA